CGCGGGCAGUGAACAUUUUGAUUCCAAAAUGUACAGGCUCGCAGUGUACGCCUUUGUGAUCGCGGCUGUGACGUGCCAACAACAGGAGGGGGCUCGACGCGUGCCCAAGUACGCCGGAGACCCGAAGACGGCUGCCAUCGUCCAGGAAGCGAGAUACCUUAAUGGAAAUGGAGCUUUCGGAGCUGCGUACCAGCAGGAGGACGGCAUUGAUUUUAAAGAAGAAACAGAUGCUGACGGCAACAGGAGAGGCAGCUACUCGUACAUCGACCCCAGUGGUCAGAGGAAGACUGUGAACUAUAUCGCUGGCAAGAACGGAUUCCAAGCUGUCGGCGACCACAUUCCGACUGCACCGCAGCCGGUCGCGCCCACUCCCGGUUACACGCCCGACCCUCGUUACAACCCACCUGACUACAAGGCGCAGCAGUACACUGCCCCUCAACAAUACACCGCUCCCGCUCCCGCCCGCAACUAUGGAGGCAAGCCCAAUGAAGACGACGGUCAGUACUACCCUGAGCUGUACGAGCAGGAGAACUACGUCGCGCCUCAACAGCAGCAGCAGUACCAGGCUCAGCCGCAGUACCAGCAGCCGCAGCCUCAGUACCAGCCCCAGCCGCAACAGUACCAGCAGCCUCAGAGCAACUACGUGAACAACAUCUACCCCGGAACACAGCAGGCUCAGUACAGUGGCCUGCACACGCAAGCCUACAACCCCCCUCAACAGCCCGCCCGCCAACAGCAACAGUAUUAUGACCCAACGACGCCUCCCCCAACCCGCUUCUUCCCCCCCGGCAAGUUCAGCCUCAACAGAGCCCCUGAUGGCUACACCUAUUCCUUCCACAAAGUGUAAAUGUCUAGGUACUCGGGCGACUUGUGAAGGUUGAAUGUAAAAAGCACGCAUCUAUUAGCAAUUCGCCGAGUCACCGCGAGGUGACCGAGCAACUCGGACGCUUCAAAGCAUUUCUUAAUUGUUGUUUGCUGUGAUAUUGUGUGUUAAUGGACAGGUAUACUACGUAUUACGUUGUUCGUAUUUGUUAAUAAAAGAGGGUUGGAGGAUGUGCGUCAGUUUAAAAACUGAACUUGUAAAUAAAUGUAGAAUUACCAAAACCAAUUAAAUUUUGAAGUUA